AUGCCAUUGUGUGAAAAGACCCGAGACCACGGGUCGUCGGUCUCAGACACCGGCGACGAAUCAGGACCCGACCAAGACACCACCCCCAAGGAUGAAGCACACCUUGACACAUGGAGAGGAUGGGUGGUAGUUACGGCUGCGGCAUUGUCUCUUUUCAUGUACAUGGGUGUGAUAUACAGCUGGGGUAUAUUGCAGGCGGAAAUGGCUGACACGAAGGGCUAUUCGCUUACUACACUUACAUUUGUGGGAUCGCUCGCCACGUCGUUCAUGGUAGCGCUGUGUAUAUUGGUAGGCAAGUUGGUGAGAAAGUUUGGGUACAGGAGAAUUGCCAUGUCGGGUGCUGUGUUUCUAGGGCUGGGUGAAUUCCUGUCAAGUUGGGUUGUUGACCAUCUGUGGGCACUGUUCAUCACGCAUGGUAUAUUGUUUGGUGUUGGUGGCGGCUUAAUCAUUCUGCCUUGCUCAACAGCUCCGCUGCAAUGGUUCCGCAAAUAUCGUGGACUUGCAACGGGGAUAGUAUUCGGAGGAGGAAGUCUUGGUGCUGCAGUGAUGGGUGUUGCUGCCCAUGAACUCGUCAACAAGGUUGGGAUUGAGUGGACAUUCAGAAUCUUGGGCUUCAUGCUGUGGGCGGUUUGUCUCCCGGCAGCGUAUUGCAUACAACAGCCUUUGCUGUCCAAGUCUUCGGUUCCACAACUUCAAUGGUACCGAUGGCGAGAACCCAAGUUCAUUAUUCUCAUCCUCGGAGGUGCCAUUGCGUGCUUCCCUCUCUUCGUUCCACCGUACUUUAUUCCCAUUUUUGCCAGAUCAGUCAGCAGCUCUGGUUCGACUGCCAUUAUAGCACUUACAAUUUGGAAUCUCGCAUCGACGUUUGGCCGAGUAUUCGCUGGGUAUUCUUCUGACUCCUUCCUCGGUCCGCUCAACAGCCUCAACAUUUCGCUCUUUCUUUGCGGGAUAAGCGCAUUGGCAAUUUGGCCGUUCGUCACUAACAUGGGCUUAUUGGUCUUCUUCACCAUUAUCAACGGUGUUGGGUGCGGCUCAUUCUUCAGCUUGUUCCCGCUGGCUGUGGGAAGCACCUUUGGGCCACCUAACACGAUGGGUAUUCUACCAAUCCUGUGGGAAGCCUGGAUUUUCGGCUAUUUCCUGGGGACGCCUAUUGCAGCUCGGUUAUACUCUUUGGCCGGCACAGGAACCGACGUGAGCUUGUACCGACCUGCGGCAUACUAUGCUGGUGCUGCGUCUUUUGUUGGCAUGUUCUUCAUGCUUGCUAUUCGCUUCAUGAACAAGAAGCAGUUUUUCACAAAGGCGUGA